AUCUAUACAAACUUCAAAGAGAUGCUGAAAAAGGAAACAAAAAAUGAUCAUAUGGACCGUAAGGAGCGUAUAUGGAGAUUUGUUAAUAGGAAGUACAUUAUUCCUGAUGAAGGACAAAAAGUGGUGUUUAUUACAAUAAAUAGGGCUUGGAGACACCAUAAGUGCGAUAUGAAAAAAAAAACAUUUUCUGAAAUACACUAGUAUGAAGGAGAGAUUAAAAAAUCGUCCUGAGAGCAUAUCUGAAAAUCAUUUCAAGAAACUGUUGAUAUAUUGGAAAGAUAGCAAUGUCCAAGCCAUUAGCCAAAAAAAUGCAGUUAAUAGGAGCAAGCAAAAGUUUAGGCAUCGUGUGGGACCAACGAACUUUGCUAGAAUUCGUGCAAAAAUGCGGGCUAAGAAGGAUGGAGAAGUCACCCAAGCUGAGGUGUUUAUUGAAACUCGCAAAAGUCGAAGAGGAAAAGAAGUUGAUGGAGAAACACAAGUUGCUAUAGACAAACUUCAAGAAUCUAUUGAUAAUUCACCUGAAACUGCCAAAGAAACAUUUCACUCACUAUUUGGGAAAGAAAAGCCUGGUAGUGUGCGUUGUCAUGGAAAAACUGCCACACCAUCAUCAUUAAGGAAAAAAGAAGAAAUUUCUUUAGUGAAAAAGCAAUAUGAUGGGAAAAUUGCUGACAUGUCACAGAAGAUGGGAGCAAUGGAAGUACUUUUAAAAAACAUGUACAUGCAACAAAAUCCACAUUUAAGUGAAGAAGAUGUAGAUAAUAUGAUUAGAAAUACUUUACAUGGUGAUGAUAAUAGUCCAAUAGCACGUUCGUCGACAUCGACAUAUGCUCCUGCUCAUCUUAAGGUUAGAAAUGAAAAUGAUCAUGAUCAAGAUGAUGAUGAUCCUCAAGAUGAUGAUAAUCCUCAAGAUGAUGAUGAUGAUGCUGCUUAUGAUCAAGAAGAUAAUCUUGAUUGUUCUCAAAAUGAUCCUCAAGAUGAUGAAUUUCAAGAUGGUGAUGAAGACCAAUAUUGAUUCAAGCAUGGAAGAUUAUGUUUUGCUUUUUGUAACAAGUUAACUUGUAGUUUAUUUC